GUUUGCAGAGCCGUCAAUGCCAGGUAAGGCUGCUCCUGAAUUUGCCUGUUUCACCGAGACUUGGGCUGUGACGAAAUAGGACGCGCCGCUGAUCAUAUUGCUUAUCUACAGAAAGGCGACCCUCGCCAGGCCUGCAGCUCAACCUCUCCUCCAACAACCCCUUCCGCCGCGCUGCCUCUCCCGGUUUCCCCUCGCCCGCCAGUGCCAACCGCUCGAGCUCGGGCAGCAGACCAAUGUCGCGCAAUCCCUUUAUAUCUACCUUCGAGGCCGAGUUUAACAAGGAGGCAUCCAGAGACCUCGUUGACAUGUCGGCCACCAUGAAGGACUCUCCCAAGAAAUCAAACUUCGGCUUUGCCGCCGAAGAGCUCUUUGCCAACCUCACCAUUGACGACGCCGAUAAGAAGCGAGCUCCCCCGCCACGACCUGCCCCUGCCCGCAGCGGCACCGAUCCCCGUGCAGGCCACCGUCCCUCGCGCUCCGAAGAGGAGAGACAGCGCAUGCGGGAAGCUUCUCGCGGAGGCUCUCGACCACGGGGACCUCCCAGCUCGUCGCGCCCUCCCCAGCUCAACAGCCCCGAACGCCGCGAGAACCGCCGCCCCCGACGCAACUCCGAAUCCUCCAUCAUCGACCGAGGCUCUCUCGACCCGCGUGAAGAGCGCAGGCGCAGGGAGCGCCGCAAGGAGCGCGAAGAGCGUGCUAAAGACGGCAAGGACAGCAAAUCUGGCGGCAAGAAAGUCCGCAGGCCGCAAGGUCUUGAUCUCAUUGACAAACUCGAUGUGACUGGCAUCUACGGACCUAGCAUGAUCCACCACGAUGGGCCCUACGACGCUGUGCAACCCCACCGCAACCGCAAGAAGGACCAGCGCGCACCCAUGCAUGCCUUCCCCGUUGGUUCAGCCAAUAACACUCUGGGUGGUUCUGGACCGUUGAACACAAAGAUCGAUCUUGACAGGAUCCAUGGCAGGGGUGCCGAGGGCUUCACCGACUUUGCCGGUGCCGAGACUGAGUGGAAGAAGCCAGCCCCAGUGGCCGCAGAGUUCAGCGCAAAAGGUCGACAAGACAUUGUACACGGCGAGCAGACCCAUGGUCUUGGAACAUCUACCUUCCUCGAGGGCGCCCCGGCUUCCCGCAAAGCGAUCCAAGAAGAGUCCGAUGCUCAGAGGCAGAAGCAACUAGCUGAUGGCGGUCUCGGUCGCAAGAAGUCCAUCGCCCAGCGAUUCCGCGGCAUUUCUCAGCCCCGUCGUUACGGUGACGGCCCACGCAUCACUUCGCCCGACGCACGUUAUGGAGCUGCCACCAGUCCAAGCGGCCCCUACAGCGCCGGAGCCAUCUCGCAGACCAAGGCCACAGAGCAGAACCCAUUCUUCAGUGACGACUACGACAAGGCCUACGACGCCAAGGGCGCAGCCAUUAAGACCAACGAGGGCGGACCUUCACCACCUCGGGGCGCUGCGCUGCAACGGUCCAUCACCACCGACAGCGUAGGAUCUCCCACAGGCGAGGCUAAGCCCAGCGGUGGGUUCCUCAACCGCGUCAAGUCCCUCAAGGGCGGACGUCGACGUCCAGCUUGAGAAUUCACAGGCAUGGUUGAAAUGAUUCGACCACUUCACUCAUCUUCCCUCUGAGCGGCUCAAAUCCAUCUCGAAGGACAUAAAAGACACGGUGUACAUCGCGCCAAGGCGACGACUGCAGCCAGCUUAUUUCUCCUAUCGUCACACACCUACCAUCGGGGCAUACACUUUCCUUCCGUCUGGCGCUGGAGUCGUUGGGGCUUGAAAGCACAAGGUCUGGAUACCACUCAUGUGUAACAGAACUCAGGCAUGCUUCAACAAGACAAAGAAGGCUCUCCCUUCUUCAAUCCCCAGUUUCAAUCUUUUUUCAAUCGAGUCACUUUUUCUUUCAAUGCGCAGAAAUUGGGCUACUUGCAUAGCUCUUACAACACAUCAAGUUUGCGAUGCUUUGGGGAUGCGAGGCGUAGAAUGUGUAGCUAGGAAUCAAAAUUUGCAAACAUUAAGAUAC